AUGUACAUCAAGAUAGAGGGUUGCAGGUUGAACUGGGUUAGGGACCAUCAGAAGGAGAUACGUGCUGACCUGUAUAAAGGCAUUGUUGAUAGCAUCACUGCAGGAGAAACUCGAGCGAGCGCUGUUGGCAUAAGGACGGUGCUCCCAUGGUCGUUCAAGGGUGGUUAUCGAGACAUGAAGAAGAGACAUAUGGACGCAAUGGCAUUGGUGCAAACAUACGGCAAGCCUGACAUUUUCCUAACAAUGACUUGCAACCCAAACUGGCAGGAGAUACUUGAUGAUUUAUAUCCUGGCCAGACCCCGCAAGAUCGACCAGAUCUGGUUGCCCGUGUGUUUAGAGCAAAACUGGAAACGAUGAAGGAGAUGCUCCUCAAGAAUCACAUCCUGGGUGUUGUCAAAGCACAUGUAUAUGUGGUCGAAUUCCAGAAAAGAGGCCUCCCACAUGCCCAUUUCCUCUUGAUCAUGGAUUCAACAUAUAAACUCGUUGUGCCAGAGCAGUACGACCAGGUCAUAUCUGCCGAGCUCCCUGACAAGAAUAAGUACCCAGACCUCUAUGCCAUGGUAGUAAAGCAUAUGAUGCAUGGCCCAUGCGGUGUUCUCAAGCCCAACAACGUGUGCAUGCAGGAUGGGGUGUGCAAGUGCAGAUACCCGCGAGCUUUCAAUGAGACCACCGUACAAGGGAAGGACUCCUACCCUGUUUAUCGCAGACGGAAAGAUGGUCGUCACGCUAAGGUCCGUGGCCAGAUUCUGGACAAUAGAUGGGUUGUGCCUUAUAACCCAUACUUGUUGCGGAUGUUUAACUGCCACAUCAAUGUUGAGGUGUGCUCCAGCAUCAAGGCUGUUAAGUACCUUUAUAAGUACAUAUACAAGGGCCACGAUCGGACUUCGUUCAACAUCGACCAGCCCGACAAUGACGGUAACAUAGAUGAGAUCAAAAGAUAUGUUGACGCACGGUGGGUUACUCCACCAGAGGCCAUGUGGAGGAUAUUUGGCUUCAAGCUCUGUGAUAACUCACCAUCGGUCCUACAGCUGCCGCUUCAUCUCCCAUAUAUGCACAGAGUUACUUUCAAAGCAGGAGAAAAUCUGACUGAUGUUCUCGCACGGGAUAAGGCAGAGAGUUCAAUGCUCACAGAGUAUUUUGUGGCUAACAAUAAUCACCCGUGGGCUCGACAUAUUUUGUACAGGGAUUUUCCCGGAAGCUUCACAUGGCAAACGUCAAAGUAUUGGAAGCCAAGGCAAGAACGUCAUCAAGUUGGUCGAGUUGUGUCAGCCCAUCCAGCCGAGGGGGAUCGAUACUUCCUGAGGGUGCUGCUAAACCACGUACCAGGAUCGACGUCCUUCGAUGAUCUGAAGACCGUCGAUGGUGUCUUGUGUGGCAGCUUUCGCCAAGCCGCUGAGAUGAGAGGUCUCAUAGAUGCAGAUAACACGCUCGACCAUUGUCUCACCGAGUCAGAACAGUUUGCGAUGCCAGCUUCGCUGAGGAGGCUCUUCGCAACAAUCUUGGUAUUCUGCGAGCCUGGUGAUGUGCGAGGUUUGUGGGAUAGGCACAAAGAGGCAAUGUCUGAUGACUUCCGGCGACAUCACACGAGCCCAAACAUAGUAGAGCAGAAGGUGUUGCUUGACAUUAGUGGCAUGUUGCAAUCCAUGGGCAAAGACAUAAAGAUGUUUGAUCUUCCCGAUAUAGACGAGACAUAUGACACCACAGGAGGCGAGGCCAGAGAGAUCAUCGAAGAGAGAAAUAUCGAGGUUGAUUCCAGGGACGAGAAUCUUGAGUCCUCUCUAAAUCCUGAGCAAAGGUGUGCCUAUGCCAAGAUAUUGUCAGCGGUUGACAGCGCUGAAGGAGGUGUCUUCUUUGUCGAUGGCCCAGGAGGCACGGGGAAGACCUUUUUGUAUAGGGCGCUCCUUGCCAAGGUCCGAGGCCAGAAGAAGAUUGCUAUCGCAACAGCGACGUCUGGCGUUGCCGCUUCCAUUAUGCCUGGAGGCCGAACCGCCCACUCAAGGUUCAAGAUCCCACUGAACCUCGAAGAUGGGUCAUCGUGUAACUUCACAAAGCAAAGCGGGACAGCCAAGCUCUUAAGGAUGGCGUCGCUCAUCUUAUGGGAUGAGGCCACCAUGACGAAGCGGCAGGCAGUUGAGGCAUUGGACAACAGCAUGCGUGACAUAAUGGGGCGACGGGACCUACCAUUCGGCGGAAAGACUAUCGUUUUUGGUGGAGAUUUUAGGCAGGUGUUGCCUGUCGUAAGGAAGGGGUCACGGGCGGAGAUAAUAGACGCGGCCCUGCGGAGUUCAUACCUCUGGAAGGGCAUGCAUCAGCUGCCGCUCGUCACCAACAUGAGGGCCCAUAGCGACAAAUGGUUCGCAGAUUACUUGCUGAGGGUAGGGAAUGGCACCGAGGAAGCUGACAUGGAAGGUAACAUACGGCUCCCAGAGGAUAUAUGUAUACCAUCUACGGACAUGGAUAAGGACGACCUAGAGAAGCUGAUCGAGCAUGUAUUUCCUUCUUUAAGCGAUAACAUGGAUGAUCCAAACUACAUGACUUCUAGAGCGAUCCUCUCAACCAAAAAUGACUAUGUCGACGGUAUAAACAAGAUCAUGAUAAAACGUUUUAAUGGCAAGGAGAAGAUAUACCACAGCUUUGACAGUGCAGAGGAUGAUCCGCAUGGCUACUACGCUCAAGAGUUCCUACACUCGCUAACUCCUAAUGGGCUGCCCCCCCACGAGCUUAAGUUGAAGAUUAAUUGUCCCGUUAUACUCCUCAGGAACAUUGAUCCAGCGAACGGACUGUGUAACGGCACGAGGCUUGUCGUUCGGGGGUUCCAGAAGAACGCUAUCGAUGCUGAGAUCGUGCUUGGACAACACGCUGGCAACAGGGUGUUCCUUCCUCGGAUACCUCUCUGCCCGUCCGACGACGAAAUGUUCCCAUUUAAAUUUAAAAGGAAGCAAUUUCCGAUCAGACUCAGCUUUGGCAUGACGAUCAACAAGGCGCAAGGGCAGACCAUCCCUACUAGCUACCGCAAAGAUAAACAUUAA